AUGAAAACCUCAAAUGAAGUUGAUGUAACUUCAAAACAAUGCGUUGAUGUAUUAUCUGAGCAACGAAAACACAACAGAGGAAGGGAGUUCUAUGGACUAAUUAAACAUCUACAAGAUAAAGCAUUGAUGGAUAAUGAUCAGUAUUAUGUUGUGGAUUUGUGCAGUGACGGGCAUCCUAAAAAUAUUUUUUGGGCGGAUGGAAGAUCAAGAGACGAUUUUACUAAAUUUGGAGAUGUUGUGUUUGAUGUCACUUAUAUGAUAAAUAAAUUCAAGAUGCUUUUUGCUCCAUUUACUGUGGUGAACCAUCAUGGGCAGUCUAUACUUUUUGGUGGAGCGUUGCUAGAAAAUGAAAAGGAAGAAACUUUUGUAUGGUUGUUUGAGCAUUUCCUAAAAUGUAUGUUUAGCAAGUAUCCAAAUUCUAUUAUUACUUAUCAAGACAAAGCUAUGGGUAAUGCAAUAAAAAAAGUGUUUCCAAACGUUCAACAUCGCUUUUGUGCAUGGCAUAUAAAAAAGCAUGAAUUGGAGCACCUCCGACCAUACGUUUCCCGUUAUAGUGAUUUUCAAGAAUCAUAUAAAGAAUGGGUAAUGAGUGACACAAUUGAAGAAUUUGAAACGAGGUGGGAAGUUAUACGUGAUAAGUAUAAACUCGAAAACAAUUGUUGGAUAACUGAUAUGUAUAACCAACGAAUACAUUGGGCUAAAGCUUUUUUAAAGGAUAUUUUCUUGGCCGGUAUGACAAUAAGUGGACGAAGUGAGAGUAUUAAUUCAUUUUUUGAUGAUUUUGUUAACUUGAGUACCAUGUUGAAUGAUUUUUUAAUACAAUAUGACAAAGCAGUUUCGUCACGAAGGGCCGCCAAAGAAGAUGAAGAUUUCAAAACUAUGAACUCGAGGCCGAUUCUUUCCUCAAUACAUCCAAUUGAAGCAAAAGCAGGCGAGUGUUAUACUCGAAAGGUUUUUGAGAUUUUCAAAAAAGAAUGGAUAGAAGCUACUAGCAAUUUAACGUAUGAGGCUCUAAGCAAAAGUACAGAAGAAAUCCAAUAUUGA